AUGGCGGAAGUUAAAUUUGGACUAUCAAUUAAAAACCUACGUUGUGACAGAGGUGGUGAAUAUGUGUCUAAUGAGUUUGUGCGUUUUUGUGAUUCAGAGGGUAUUAGAAUAAGCUACACCAUGCCCAGGAAUCCUUCACAAAACGGAAAAGCAGAACGGAUGAAUAGAACCAUAUUGGAAAAGGCGAGAUGUCUUUUAUUUGACAGUGAUUUUAAGAAGGAUAUGUGGGGUGAGUCCAUUAUGACAGCUAUCUACUUAAUCAACAGAUUACCUACUUCUACACUACCAAAUGGUGUAACGCCUGCAGAAAGAUGGUAUGGCUUUAAACCUGAUUUAGGUAAAAUUAAAAUAUUUGGUUGUCCCGUUUAUUCAUUGAUCCAUGAAGAGGAUAGGAAUGGAAAACUGUGUGAGCGUUCUAAGAGACUAUUUAUGGCAGGGUACUGUGACAAUGGUUACCGAUUAUGGAAUCCAAAUAAGAAGAAAAUUGAAUUUGCUAGGAAUGUCAUAUUCGAUGAAUCUAGGACAACCGAUUUGACAAAUGAAGGCCAAUUUACUAAUCCUGAUACUGUCCAAAUUCCUUGCGUUGACCACGAGACCAAAUCUGAAGUCUUUCAGUCUUCAGAUGUUGAGCAAGUUUUGCAGCCUAUGUUGGAGGAUGAAGAUUUGCCUAUUUUAGAGGAUGAAGAUUUUCAAUCAGACAAGAAUAUUGACACUGUUAAGAAGACCUCAAGAAUUAGAAAGCCUCCAAAGUAUUUGGAAGAUUUUGUAACCAAUUUUGCCUUUGAUGCAUUAGCUUUAUCUGCAUCAUCAGAUCUAGAUGUUCCGAAUAAUUAUACUGAUGCAGUUCAGGAUGCGGGUUGGAGACAAGCAAUUGACGAAGAAUUAAAGUCAUUGGAAGACAACGGUACUUGGGAAGUGGUGGAUAGUCCUAUAGAUGCCACAGUAAUCGAUAGUCGGUGGGUUUUCACGACAAAGAUCGUCGAUGGAGCAGUUAUGAAGAAAGCGAGGCUUGUUUCAAGGGGCUACCAACAACCCUCACUUGAGGAUGAGAACAUCUUUGCACCUGUUGCGCGUCUUCCCACGCUGCGGGUCCUGCUGGCUGUUGCUGUUGAACGAGGUUUGCAUAUCCAUCAACUUGAUGUUAAAUCAGCUUUUUUAAAAAGUAAUUUGGCUUAA